ACAACGAGUUCCGGAUGCGUACACAGUAAUAAUAGACGGGAUUUACUGUCACCGCUGUGGUAACACACGCAGUAUUGCUGUUCUGAACUGUAUUUGCACCACGUGGUAAUGGGAGUCGUUAUCGGUGUGGAAAUGGGGAUUUCAGUCAGCAUGUACAAAGCCUGCUGUAAGGGUGGCCCGGAUUGGCCGGCUCGCUCUGCGGCGGAAGCAGAUUGCUUUAAUCAGCUGCGGAACGUGUGUCGCUGUGGAUCCGCUUCCAUGUGAGUUCCGCUCCCGACUUAAACCGAGACGAGGCAGGAGAGAUCAGGUCCGGCUCUGACAAUGUCUUCCAUCCCGGCCCCCCAGCUGCUGGCGAUCGAGGGAUGUGGGAAUGCUGUGCCGGAGCCCCCCGGGAUGGGGGAGGCCCGGAGCGCCGCGCUGGAGCGCUGUCUGCAGGUCCUGAGAGACGCUGCGAGUGACAGCGAGCAGUUUGCAGCGCUGCUGCUGGUCACUAAGCUGGCUCAGGCUGGUGAUCUCUCCCCCUCGACCCGGCGCCGUGUUUUCGACGCUGUGGGUUUCUCCCUGCCGAACCGGCUGCUGGUUACUGUGGAGACGCCACCGGACUGCCCCCCCCACCUGUUCCGCUCACUGGCCGUGUCUCUCCUCGCCGGGUUCAGCACCGACCCGGGCCUGGCGGCGCACCCAGAACUGAUCAACAAGAUCCCCCUGCUGCUGGGGCUGGUGUCAGCAGAACCGGAACCGGGCCAGGAGAGACCCAGGAGAGACCAGCCAGGACUAGACCUGCCUGAGCAGAGCCCAACAGAACCAGCACAGGACGGGGCCAAGAGAGACCAGCCAGGACCCAAUCAAAUAACACAAAGAACACCCCCGGGGCCGAGCCCCACAGAGCCCCACGCACCUGGACAAGCUGAACCCAAUCAGAACCACUGUGGAGGAGCUGGGCAGCAGACCCAGCUGUGUCCGGACCUGGCCACUAUCCAGGACAGCUACCAGUGUCUGACGGCGCUGGCUCUCUCCCCCCGGGGCCCCCGGGUCCUGCUCUCCCGUGGGGCGGUACCAGCCCUCUGCCGGGCCCACACCCAGCGCUGCCCCGGCCACGCCCUGGCCCUGCCGGUCCUGACCCGCAUCCUGAGCGGCGCCGGGCCCGCGGCCUGGCAGAAACACGAGGAGGAGCUGACCCGGCUGCUGGUGCUGCUCAGCUCGGAGUUCGCGAGGUCCGGAGACAGCAGCAAGUUCACCCUGUGCGAGGCUCUGCCGCACUUCCUGCCUCCCCCAGCGGGGGCAGCGCGGCCCGGACUGAGGCCCAGUCUGGACGCCCUGUGUGCUGGGCUGAGGGAGGUUCUGGGGGCCCGGCUCAGUGUGGCCCAGAGAGACCCGGCGCUGAGGCUGGCUGCCUGCCUGUUGGACGGGUUUGGAGCAGAGUGGCUGGCUGGUUCUGGUCCUGGUUCUGGUCAGUUCCUGGCCCUGCUGGUGAACCUGGCCUGUGUGGAGGUCCGCAUGGCCCUGGAGGAGCCCGAUUCUGGUUCUGUUCGAAGGGACACGGUCACUGCCUGUUACCGUAUUCUGGAGUUUGGCAUGGAGGCCUGCAGCCUGGGGCUCACCUGCCCGGACACAGCCCCAGGGAAGCCCCCGUCUGGAUUGCUCACACUGGAGCAGAGCCGGCAGGUGCUGGGAGUCAUGGAGGAGGCUGUCGCCGCCGUCAUCUUCUACCUGGCCCAGGUGGCCCCGGUCCGGUACCGAGACCCGUUUGUCUUUGCCUCGGUCCGGCUCCUCUGCGCCUGGCUGGCUGAAGAGACUUCCUCCCUGAAACAGGAAGUGUGCGCCCUGCUGCCCUUCCUGAUUGGCUAUGGCAGAGCACUGUUCGAAGGAGAGGAGCGGGACCGCGGCCUGACCAAUCAGAUGGAGGAGCUGAGUGUGACGGACAGCGGGGAGGGUGGGGAUUGGCCUGGUGACGCUCUGAGGUUCCUGCUGCCUGGUCUGUGUCACCUCUCUGUGGAGGAGGGCCCCCGCGCUGUGCUGCUCUCCCAGGGCUCCCCUGCCCUGCUCCUGCGCUACCUCUCUCACCUGUGGGGCCGGCUGGGGGCGGCGGGGGGCUGCCAGGACCAGGCCAGCCUGCAGACAGCCUGCUCCGUGUUCCUGAACCUCACCGUCACUGAGCCAGGGAUCGUCCGGACAGACCCCAGCUUCUCCAGUCUGCAGACCCUCCUGAUGGACUCGCUCCCCUCGCUCAUACAGAAGCCCCCCCUCCUCAUCCUGGCUGCACACUUCUGCACCCUGGGGCUGCUUAUGGCACGCCUGCUGGCUGGAACACCAGCUCUCCAGGACCGUGCUCCGUCUCGUCGGUUUGCCCGCUCCGCUCUCCUCUUCCUCUCCCGCGCUCACACCCUGGAUUCGGACGGUGCUGGGAGGGGGGUGGUGCGCUCGGCUCGGUACUCGGAGUGCUGGGAGGAUGUGGGGGAGCUGUGGUUCCUCGGGAUGCAGGCUCUGGGGGGCUGCGUGGCUGAGCUGCCCUGGCUGGCAGACACGGUAUUGCAGAGUGGCUGGCUGGGGGACGCUCUGGAGCUGCUGAGAGCCUGCCCUGCAUCGGCAGAUCCGGACCUGAGGGGGGCGCUGCAGGCUGUGCUCACUCCCCUGGCUCAGCACAGCCAGGCCUGCCGCGACUUCAUCCGCAAGCAGCAGGGGGAGGUUAUAGCCAAACUGCACUGCAUGGAGGAGCUGCAGCGCCACCUAGCAGGGACAGGCUGAAGUGCAAGAACAGACCAGGGAUCGGAGAUAACAAAACUAUUCCAUAAAUCUUUUCUUUUUAAAACACACAGAGUCACAGAGACACACACACACUGACAUACACAGAGACACACACACACACACAGAGACACACACACACUGACAUACACAGACACAGACACACACACAGCACAUUUCUUUAAUCUAGAGCAGUACCAGGUAUCGGGUUUUCAAAUGAAAAUGCCUGUGUUCUGGGAUUUCUGACUCACUGUGUGCCGAUCUGCACGGAGCAGGACCAGUUCAGCUGGGUUUUGUAUUUCAUGAUGAAACAGGAUCCCAGGAGACCGAUGAGAGUGAUUCACCCCUUUAUUUGUAACAGCCCUCGUUCUGUAUUGCUGUGUGUUUAUAAAUAUUACUGUGUGGGAGGCGUUUGAUUCAGAGCCCUGGAUAACCUGACACCAAUAAAACAAAACGAGCAGCG